AGCGCGCCCUCUUUCGCUUAUCGCAAAACACAUGUGACAUUGACGUAUCAAGUAUCAACAAUAAAGUUAUUGUGGAUUACGAAUUUUUCUAAUUCCGUGUAGUAAUAGUAUAAAACCACUAGUUAUUUGUAUAAAGUAUAUCCAUUGUACAAAUGUAUUCAUAUCUGAAACUAUUGAGCGUGCCACAUUUUGGAGGUUAUUUUAAAACGUUGACAACCUAAACGACAGAAAACAUUUAAUGUUAUUGUUUUACCUCCUUUUUUCCAAUUUAAUAUUUAAUACUUGCCAAGAAAUUUUGUACAAUUCUGAUCAAAAUAACAAAGACAGUUUUUAUUGUUAUCUCAACAAAGUAUGUCAAGAUAUUUGUCCAAAAGAAAAACAUUAUUCAUAUAAGAAUCUAAGACUGAGCUUAGUGGAGAAUCAAAAGAGUCAAGUAAUGGCUGUUAAUGGUUUAUAUCGUCCUAGAAGCGCAUUGGCUCGUGCUCUUUAUGAAAAACAAAGGAAUGACAGACUUUUGGAGGAAUUUGACCAAACAGAGUGGUACCGAGUAGACAAAAGCCGGCUGAGCGAAAACCUGAAGAAUAAAUUCGUACAGCUCGACCCCGACGAAGAGACCAAGGAGUUCUUGUCCGCGUCAAUCGACAAGUCCUCGUGGGUGUGGACACAAAUAUGGUACCUUCUCGCCAAAGCGGUCCUCAGGCAUUUCUGGUCCAUCACAGACAUUAAUGGAUGGCUGGGACGCGGCUCGAUGUUCGUGCUGUCCGGUGCGCAGGCGCGGCGGCUGCUGGGUGCGGCGGGAGCCCGUGUCGGCGGUCGACUGGUGGACGUGGGCGCCGGCGACGGCGAGGUGAGCCGCCGCUUCGCGCACCUCUACGACGACAAGCUCGCCACUGAGAUAUCCUCCUGCAUGCGCAAGGCGCUCAAGACUAAAGGAUACACGUUGCUCGAUACGGAGUCGUGGUGUGAAGGGGGUGAGUUCGAGUGCGUAUGCAUGCUGAACCUGCUGGACAGGUGCGCAGCGCCGCGCGGCAUGCUGCGUCAGGCGCGCGCCGCCCUCGCAUCGCACGGCGUCCUGCUGCUCGCCCUAGUCCUGCCUUACAAGCCCUACGUAGAAGUAACCCCGGACCACAAGCCAACGGAGCGCUUGCCCAUUACCGGCGUGACGUUUGAGGAGCAGGUGAGUUCGUUCGUGAGCUUCAUGCGGGAGAUGGGGUUCGAGCUGAGUGCGUGGAGCCGCGCGCCCUACCUGUGCGAGGGCGACUUCGCCCAGGCCUACUACUGGCUCGAUGACUCCGUAUACGUCUUCAAACCCAUUGAUAUUAAAUCGUGAGCUUGUUUCGAUAUUAUGUGAAUUGACAUCGAUCGUCAUCGACUAAAUUUUUGACCUUUUGCGGUAUUUUGGAGGAACACAAUGAUUUAUUUAGUUGCAUUUACUACGAUAGGUUAUUUGUAAUUAAAAUUAAGUUCUAAUUCAGUUUCCGUAUCCGACUCUAUGUCUACAGUUUAUCAUCAAAGCCAUACACGGUUUCCCAAAAAAGUUUCUAAUUUUUUAAAGCACUAAUUCAUUAAUAUAAGACCUGACCUACAGAGUGUUCUGAUGAAUGCUUUUGUUUGGCAACGCCAAUGUAACAAUGAAAUUAGAUUUUUCAUUACGUUUAAUUAAUUUUAGUUGAAUUUUAAACAUCGCUUGAAUCACAUCGAAUUACUUUUUUUAUAUUGUUCUUAAUGCAUUAAGAAAUGCUACUUGUUCCUAAAACGCUACGAAUUUAUGUCUAUUUUAAAUGGAACUAAUUAUGUAGUCAAAUUUUAAACAUUUGAACGCUUUAGCACAAACUUUGUUGUUGCAAUUUGAUAUUCCAUUAGUUAAUAAGCGAUACUUUCGAUUUUUUGCUAUUUUAUCUUUUAAUCUUUGAGAUAUAAAAAUAAUGAAUGUACGAUGAUGAUAAAAAAAA